CACACCUGUAUAAAAGCAGACUCCAAUUCACUGAAUGUGGAUAAAGAGCUAAGAUACUUUCACGGCGUCUUUGUUGUGUUUUAGUCUAGCCUGUGCGCGCAGUAGAAAAGCUUAUGUAAGUCCAGGUUCCUGACUUUAAAGAUGGAUGAAAUAUUUAACCACAGCGGAGCACUGAACCGAAGUUCACCUGGCGAUGAGAAAUUUAGUUUCGAUGACAUUGAUGUCAGCGCGGACGGCACCCUCAUCCUGAGGAUACUCAUCUCUGUGGUGUACUCUGUAGUUUGCGCAGUGGGUUUGGUGGGGAAUCUGCUCGUCUUUUUCCUCAUGAGGUUACGACAAGGUCGAAAGAAGUCCACCAUCAAUUUUUUCAUCAUCAACUUGGCGGUGACGGACUUCCAGUUCGUGCUCACUCUGCCUUUCUGGGCCGUGGACACCGUUCUGGACUUCAGCUGGCCGUUUGGAGACGCCAUGUGCAAAAUCAUCCUCUCGGUCACCGUGAUGAACAUGUACGCCAGCGUGUUUUUUCUCACUGCCAUGAGUGUGACCCGCUACUUGUCUGUCGCCUCAGCCCUAAAGAAAAAAUCUUACAGGAGGUCACGGUGUGUGAAGUGGGUGUGCGCGGUGCUGUGGGUGGCGGCAACAGUGGCCACAGCUCCGACAACUAUCUUCUCCACCGUGACUGUCGUCGCUGGAGAAAAACUCUGCCUCCUCAAGUUUCCUGAAGGGCACGACUGGCUCGCCCUUUAUCACAUCCAGAAAAUAUUGAUAGCCUUCAUCAUCCCUAUGCUCAUAGUCUCUGUUAACUAUCUGAUGCUCCUGCGCUUUGUAAGACGGAGGAGCAUGGACAGCAGCAACCCUAAACGGAGAUCCAGAGUCACCAAAUCUGUCGCUAUAGUGGUUUUAUCUUUCUUCUGCUGCUGGGUGCCAAAUCAUGCCAUCACCUUCUGGGGUGUCUUGGUCAAAUUUAACGCAGUCAACUGGGAUAAAUCAUAUUACAUGGUGCACACGUACGUGUUCCCGGUCACUGUGUGCUUGGCGCACGCAAACAGCUGCUUGAACCCAGUGCUUUACUGCCUGAUGAGGCCAGAGAUCAGGAAGAUGCUCAGCGGUUUGUUUUGGAGAGUCUCCACUCCAUCCUGCAACAAGAGCUGCGCGACGCGCUCGUUUACGCAUGGAGAAACCCAGGGAGUCGUGCCUCUCCAGAUUAUGGACAAUGGAGAGUACACGCUGUCCAUCAUAGACCGUAAAGGCUUAUCAAGCGCUAAAAUGAUCCCAUACACCACAUAACAAUAGUCUUUUUUUGCUCUGGUUGUCCACAUGUAGAUGUCAUUUUUCAUGCGUAAUGCUUUCGUUAGUAUCUCAAAUGUGAAAAUAUCUUAACGACACACAGUUAAGACGCACGUUAUCAUGUGUUUGACAUCAAUACAUAUACUAUAUAUGACAAAUGUAAUGUAAAAUGUAUUUAAUUCCUAAAACUGUCACAAGAGUACUUGUUGAUUCCAUUGAUGAAAAUGCCAACGUGCAUUGAAUUUCUCUUUCCUUUCUCUCCUUUGAAACGAUGAUGGUAUUUCUGCCUUUACACGACAGUGACAAGAAACAUGGGGACAGAGAGACAGGGGCACAGGAGACAAACAUCUCGAACCUGGGACAUGGCUCGAUUUUACACACUGGACUCCCAGCAAAACAUUGGAUUAUAUUAUGUAAAAGAACCUAUGAUGGAUAUGGAGAUUAAAAUAUAAUCUCAAGGUUGCAAUGUUUUCUAUUCAUGUAGCCUACAUCCUGUAGAGCCUAUCUGUAAAUAUGUACAUGAGGUAGAAAGUGGCUGAUUUUUUUCACCAGCCAAGUACAUUUACUUUUGAUUCCCUGCUUUCAUUUAGGCUAUAAAACUAAGCUAUUAAUAUCACAUAGAUGAACUUCACAGUCUUCAAUCAUGAGGCAUCAUUAAUUCUCUAAGUAGAGGAUUGACAUGUAUAGUUAUGUUACAUGUAUAGACUACAUUCUGUAUUUUGUACAUAAAAAUGUCAUCCCCAAACCGUCUAAGCUGUGACUACUGUAUGUACAAAAAAAGAGUAUAUAUUGUAUAUUUUCUCACAUGCCCUGUUUUUACACAGCAGGUUUCUCGCACAUCAUUAAAAAAAACAUUAAUGUGGAA